AUGUCCUCCUCCUCCUCCUCCUCCUCCUCCUCCUCCGAGCGCCCCACCGGCCUAAUUGGCAAAAUCGGCAUCGAGCUCCUCACAUUCGGCACUCCCAAUGGCCACAAAGCCUCCAUAAUCCUCGAAGAGCUCAAAGCCGCAUACGGAAAAGAGUAUAUCUACCAAUCCAUCAACAUCAUGGAGAACAUCCAAAAGGAGCCCUGGUUCACGAAAUUCUCGCCCAAUGGACGGAUCCCCGCGAUCGUGGAUCACGAUAGGAACGAUUUCUCCGUGUUUGAGGGAGCGGCUAUACUGGCUUAUUUAACGAGGCAUUAUGAUCCCGAGCACAAGUUUUCGUUUGAGGAUCCGGAUGAUCUGAGUCGGUGCGAGCAAUGGGUUGCUUGGCAGCAUGGCGGUUUAGGACCAAUGCAAGGCCAAGCAAACCACUUCUACCGUCUAGCUAAAGAACGAAUCCCAUACCCCACUCAACGCUAUGUCGGCGAAACAGAGCGUCUCUACGGAGUCCUCGAUACGCAGCUCUCGGACCGCGAUUACCUCGUUGGUCCCGGUCGGGGCAAGUACUCCAUAGCGGACAUGGCGAAUUUCAGCUGGGUGAACGUGGGGUAUUUUGCCGGGGUUGAUUUGAGUCAAUUCCCGAGCUUGGAGAAGUGGUGGAAGAGGAUCGAGGAGAGGGAACCGGUAAGGAAUGCGUUGAAGGUUCCCAGUGAGAGUAAGAUUGUGAAUAGUGCGUAUUUGAGGAGGCUGAAGGAGGAGCCGGAGUUUAAGGAGGGGGAGGAGAAGUUGAAGAAGUUGGGUGAUGAGGCGAAGGAGCAGUAUAAUUAUAAGUAUACUUCCCCUUAG